AUCUUGUGGAUGCUAGCUAUACCAAUUGUAAGGGCUUUUUAGCUCCAUUUAGAGGGUAAAGGUAUCAUCUCAAUGAUUGGAGACAUGGCCAUCAACCAGUCACUCCUGUGGAGCUUUUCAAUAUGAAACAUGCAUCAGCCAGAAAUGUUAUUGAGAGAUGCUUUGGGUUGCUGAAAAUGAGUUGGGUAAUUCUUCGUAGUCCAUCUUUCUACCCAAUUAAGAUACAAAAUCGGGAUAAUCAUUGCAUGUUGUUUGUUGCAUAACCUAAUUAGGAGACAAAUGGAUAGUGAUCCAAUGGAACCAUUACUAGAUCAAUUGCAUAGUACAUUAAACUUUUCUUCUCCACCAAUUUCUUCAAUUGAACCAAGUGAUCAGUGGAGCAAUUGGAGGAGGGAGUUGGCAGUUCAAAUGUUCAAUGAAUGGAGGGCAACUAGGCAUGCGACAUGAAGUAAAACUAAAUAUUAUGUACUAGCUACUGCUUGUUACUUUUGGUGUAUAUGUGGAAAAUCCAUAGUUGAAACUGUAUGUACUUUUUGGUAUAUAUGAAUGGAGAAAACUUGGUACUGUUAAUGUGUGCAAAAUAACUAUAUGUAUGCUUGUUUAAUUUUUUCUUUCUUCCUUGGAUAUGAAGCCAUGUCUAAAAAAACAAAACAACAACAUAUGUGGACCGAUGAUGAGACUAGUGUGCUUGUUGAUGCUUUAUUGGACUUGUACAAUGUUGGAACGUAAAAUGCCGAUAAUGGGUUCAAAACUGGUUACUUGGCUGUGUUGGAGAAAGUGAUAAAAGAUAAGAUGCCUGAGAUAGAAAUCAAGGCGAAGCCUCACAUAGAGUCGAAGCUAAAACUAUUGAAGAAGGACUUCUCGGUGGUAUAUGACAUGGUCUAUGGUCCGAGCACUAGUGGAUUUGGUUGGGAUCCAAUUACAAAAUGUGUUGUAGCUGAAGCUCCUAUUUGGGAGGAGUACAUAAAGAGUCAUAAACGGGCAGCUAAUUUCAGGCACAAAGAGAUCCCGCAUUUUGAGGCAUUAUACACCAUUUAUGGUAAGGAUCAAGCUAAUGGAAGUAAUGCCCAAGAUCCCACAGAUGUCAUCGAGGAAAUGAAAAAUGAAGAAGUCAUAAACCAAAGUGAUGAUAGCGGAUAUGUUACCUGAUGUAGACUGGUUGAAUGAUAUGCAUGAAAUGAACAUCCCACUGUUUGGGGUAAGGCCUGAAGAUUCUCAUUCCCUUCCCAAGAGCCAAUGUCAGCUACUGAAGGAGAUACAAAUCCUUCUGCAACUAAUUUUGCAUCUCAAGGUGAUGGUGAGUCAAGCAAGCAAAAAAAAAAAAAGGAAGUGCAGUCACAAUACAGAGGUUAUUGAGGCGAUUCGAGAGGUUGCUACAACAUUGGGAAAAAAGAUUGAGAAGGCCACCCACGAGCUUAGUGAAGCAAUUGGCACUGAAAAGAGAUCUGAGGAUAGGAGGGACAAGUUCUUUGAUGAACUACGUACUUUAGAGGAGCUAUCCAUCAAUGAGCGCUUCGCUACUGGAGUUAAGAUGAGGGGUGAUAAGACAUUGAUUUCAAUGUUUUUUAGUUUGUCGGUUGAAGAAAUGGAAACAUUGUCAAGACUUGCGUUGAAAUGUUGUGAGAGUUAUGGAUUUUAUUGCAUCUUAUGAAAAUGAAUUUUCCUUUGUUGAACAUAUUUAAAUUUAUGUUUUAACAGUUCUUGUAUUUAUGGAUUUUAUAUUAUAGACUUGAUGCCUUUUACUC